AUGGUGGCGGAAUGUGCUGCGUCUGACACGCGAAGCCCGCUGCGACUCCUGGCGGACAUUGCGGGCGCGGAUCUAGCUGACGCGGGGGCGGCGGCGGAAGCGGCGGAGUCGCCGUUAUUACCAGAGCUUGCUUUCCGUUUGCCCAUGCCCCUCACCCCGGCGGAGGCAGCUGCGCCUGCUGGCUCGUUGAAAAAGGCGGCAGCGGCAGCGGCAGCGGCAGCGCCAGCAGUAAAAUCGUCAGUGGGAGCGACAGCGGUGACAUCAGCAGCAGGAGCCGCAGAACAGGCGGACAGGUAUUUCCACCUCUCUCCGCGCAGCAACUUGCGCCAUCAGGCCGCGGACCGUCUGCGCCGCAUCCUCUGCUCGUGGUGCGCCAAGCUGGCGCUGCGCGGGCGGCGCGUGGUCGACCUUGCGCUGCACGUGCUCCAGCGCGCGCUUAGGGAUCUACCGCUCGGAUCCGUGGACAGCAACGCGCUGCGCGUGCUGCUCGCGGCGUGCCUGUGGACGGCGGCGAAGCUGGACGGCGGCCAUCAGAAGGACGUUCCCAAUGGCGCCGCAAUGUCUUCCGUCUCAUUGGUGGAAGUGAGCGUGCUACAGGCGGCGGAGCUACAGCUGAUGAAAAUGAUGAAGUGGAAGCCUCUGGAAGGAUUUGAGGAAUGA